GGACUAGUUUCUCCUGGAAGCUUUUCAGUGGGUAACCGUUCCCUUGGAAAAUUACCGGCAACCACGUUAGAAUAAUCGUAGCGUAACCUGUAUGUAUUUAUUUCUGAUCAAAGUCGAAGAUGUCAUUUACAUCAGUGAUAUCACGAAUUUCUUCGAUAGCUGUUUCGCCGUCACCUUGUUUUACUUUACGUUGUAGCAUCGUCCUUCGAAGGAUGGCCUCACAGCUUCCAGCCAGUUGUUCCGUGAUUCGAGGUCAGUUUGAUUCUCUACCCACUAAAGUACAAGAAUAUGUGGCCGACAAAGUCGAACUCUGCCAACCAGACAACGUUUACAUUUGCGAUGGAUCCAAAGCAGAAAACGAAUCAUUAAUCAACGAGUUGAUCGAAAAUGGUGUGCUGACUAAACUUCAUAAAUAUGACAACUGUUUCUUAGCCCGCACCGAUCCACGCGAUGUGGCACGAGUGGAAUCUAAAACAUACAUCUGUACGGAGGAGAAAAGAGAAUCCAUCCCAACGGCGAAGGAUGGAGUUGAAGGCCGGCUAGGUAAAUGGAUGAGCGUUAAGGAGAUGAACAAGGAGUUGAGUAAAAGAUUUCCUGGUUGCAUGAAAGGUCGUACCAUGUAUGUCAUGGCAUUCAGUAUGGGUCCAGUUGGGUCUCCUGUGUCUAAGAUUGGUAUCCAAGUCACAGACUCUCCUUAUGUAGUCUGUUCCAUGCGUGUCAUGACUAGGAUGGGUGCAGAGGUAAUGAAAGUUUUGGGAGACAACAGCUUUGUGAAGUGUCUUCACUCAGUUGGCGUGCCUCAACCUGAACCACCAUCUCAGUUCAAGUGGCCCUGUAAUCCGGAUAAGACCAUAAUCUCCCACUUUCCUCAUGAUCGUGAAAUCAAAUCCUUUGGAAGUGGCUAUGGAGGGAAUUCUCUCUUGGGAAAGAAAUGCUUUGCUUUGCGGAUUGCCAGCACAAUUGGUCGCGAUGAAGGAUGGUUGGCAGAGCACAUGCUGGUUGUUGGUCUCACAAACCCCCAGGGUGAAAAGAAAUAUAUUGCUGCUGCCUUCCCAAGUGCCUGUGGAAAGACCAAUUUAGCCAUGAUGACACCAACAUUGCCAGGAUGGAAGGUUGAAUGUAUUGGUGAUGACAUUGCUUGGAUGUGGUUUGAUGAAGAAGGUCAACUGAGAGCUAUUAAUCCAGAAUUUGGCUUCUUUGGAGUUGCGCCAGGAACGUCAAACAAGACCAACCCAGUUGCUAUGGAUACAUGCAAAAAGGGAACGUUGUUUACAAAUGUUGCACAAACAAGUGAUGGUGACUUUUAUUGGGAAGGUUUGCCGCUACCAGAUGCAGAAGUAACUACUUGGCUUGGAGAGAAAAAUUGGAGGCCUGGAAAAACUAAGGCAGCACAUCCUAACUCCAGAUUCUGUGCACCAAUCAGUAAUUGUCCAAUCAUGGACAAAGAGUGGGAGAAUCCCAAGGGUGUUCCCAUCAGUGCUAUACUGUUUGGUGGCAGACGCCCACGGGGAGUUCCUCUAGUGUAUGAAGCCUUUAACUGGCAGCAUGGGGUUUUCAUUGCUUCAUCUAUGUCUUCUGAAGCCACUGCUGCUGCUGAACAUCAGGGGAAAAAUGUCAUGAGAGAUCCUUUUGCCAUGAGGCCUUUCUUUGGGUACAAUUUUGGCAAAUACAUGGAACACUGGUUAAGUCUAGGAAACAAACCAAAUCAUAAGUUGCCGAGAAUUUUCCAUGUAAAUUGGUUCCGUCUUGAUGAAAAUAACAAGUUCUUGUGGCCAGGAUUUGGAGAGAACAGUCGUGUACUUGAGUGGGUGCUGCGACGUUGUGACGGAGAGGACAUUGCAGAGCCCAGUCCAAUUGGUUUUAUACCCAAAAAUGAUUCUAUUAAUGCUGAAGGUCUUGGAGAACUGAACAUGAAGGAGCUUUUCAGUAUUCCCAAGGACUACUGGUUGGAAGAGUGCCGCUCCCUGCGACAAUACUAUGAAGAGCAGCUAGGGGACGACUUACCAAAUGCUGUGAGAGAUGAGCUGAAUGCUCUUGAAGAAAGGCUCAAGCAAUAAUCACUAGUUACACUUAGUUAUACACUGUUAGCUAUUUUGUUUUAUUUAAACCACACAAACAAUGCAGUAAAGGACAUUGAUUUACUGAGCUACUAGCAAUUAAACUAUAAAUACAAACUUAUACAAGUACCAAUUACUGCAAGUAAUAAGUGGACCACUGGUGAGUUUUUCUUUGUUUUCUGAAGUUAGAUUGAUGGUCUUGUACAGAAAGAUUAUCUUCAUUUUUAAACCCAGCCUCUUGAGACUAAUGAUCACCAGUAUUUAUUUAUUAGUUGAACAAAUUUGAAGACAAGAUUUGAAUGGCUAAAUGCCAGUGUAAACAUUCCCUAUAGGUAGUUAGGCAAGUAUAGCCAAAAAUUGAAAUUUUUAAAUGAUCAAUCAAAAGAUGAUAACCCUCAGUAGAAAAAUGUUGAUGUGAUAUCAGUUUGUUUGAGGGGUUGGUUUGGACUGAAAAGCUUACUGAAGCUUCCACUGAAUUAAUGUUUUUUAGUUUUUCCUCUGAGUUUGUUGAUCAGUAAACUGACAAAUUUUGUUUUAUCUCUACAAUGAGCCCGAGUUUCCUCAAGUUUAGCAAAGAACUUAAGUGAGGUUCAAUAAGUCACAUCAACAUUGAUACUUCCUUAAAGGUAACAUUUAAAGGUAAUUUAUCAAAUAAAUAUAUUGCUGACAUUUUAUUUGUAGGAAGGUGUUAAAAUGUAUCGUGGUAUUACCACAUAUUAAAAUUUUAAUUUUUUGUAUCAGUAAUGGAUGUAAUUUAGUUUGGUAUUAGUUUGUCCAUUUUUUGUCAGAAGUUCAUUGGCUAGUCGGUUAUUUGAGGAAUAAUUGUUACAAUUAAGGGCUGUAAAUCUUGCAACCCUUGCUGGUUAAGGAAUGUGGCAUUGCAAGUGAGAUUUCAAGACAACUGAACAGUAUCCCAAUUCUUUUUUUCUUUUGACAAGCAGAAAGCACCUAUGUUGAUGACAUAUUGUAUCAAUGUGCUCAGUCAUAGUGUUAAAAUGUAGGUUAAAUUGGUGAAGCAAGUUUCAUACACACACAUUUUUAUUUGUGGAUCAAAGUUGUGACUGUAUGUGGGCAGAUGUAAUUUACAUCUGCCCACAUUGAAUAAGUGCUGGAUGAUGCUUUCUUGCCAGAUGUCUGAUUUUGCUCCAUGCAGUGUAGUUUCGUUUUUGCUAGUACUCAAUCAAUAGAUAGUCAUUGUUUCCAAUAGUGUUUUUAUAACCAAGGCCUAAUUAACUCAAAUUAACAUAUUUCCCAAAUUCCCCAUUCUCACUGCUCUAGUGGAAUGAAAGAGAUAAUUCAAAGAGUAAAGAUGUUGUAGUUUAAAAGUAAUGUUUGAUUGGACUAUGAAAUGUGACAGUUGCAGCUAACCUUCUACUUGAAUAUCCCAAUAGAUAAUCACAACUAGCUAGGCUAUGGAAGUGUCAUUUUUAACUUAUUUAAUAAACUACUUUUGGUUUAUAAUUAGAA